AUGUUUCAACGAGCAAACAAAGAACUGAAAGACAUCGCUUACUUCUUUGAAGAUGCAAGGAUCAGCCAGCACUUCGCUCACCAAGAUGCCACCGGCGGCUUGGUGCUGGCGCCGCGAUUCCCCGAGACGGUACAAGUAGUCGGUGCGGAUCCAGACCUCGCCAUGGUGCACUACGCCCUGCUUCACUGCCUCAAUCCCGGCAUGUUCUACACACAGGCGGACAUCGCAGGGCCGCAAGUGAGAGAAACGACACUGUGGAGGCUGCAACCGUUCUGGCAGAUAUUCUCCUUCAACUACGUGAAGUCGCUGUCCACAGACAGCGUUCCUUUAAGAGCAGUUCACGAGCUGCUGGCAACUGGUGGAGAAGCUGUGUUGAUGAUCAUCCCGUCUUCUCCUCUAUAUAGUACUUACAAAUGGUUGGCAGGACUUGGAAGAUACUGCCACUACAUGGAGGAUGUGAAUAACUACCUGCCUUCUUACCACGCGCCGGCAACAAAUUGGCUGACUGACGUUGCACAAAUGAACUUCAAGGGAUUUGAAUUGUUGACAUGGGUGCCAGAGAACCACGCAUUCUCUGUUUUCAACUCUCUAGAGGAACUGAAAGGUAUGUGA